AUGGGAAACGUCCCCGCUCACCAGCCCCAGCCCCAAGCCUACGAUUCCCUCAGCAUGCAGCAGCUCCGCGCCCAGAGGCUCCUCGGUCCCAUAGACUGGCAGGACGACGACAGCUGCGAGAUGCAUACCACGAUCAACACCAUCAAUAACUCCCUCAUGCACGCUGCUCUACAAGACGUCGAGUGCUCGUCUCCCCGCAAGCCUCGUACCAAGCGAAGCAGCCGCAGGGUAGCCUUCAGCGUCCCCGCCGACGAGCCCGCCAGCUCAGACAGGCCCUUGACAGUCCCUCUGACCAAGACGCUCAAGGCGUCCUUGACGACCUUCUUCCCCAGGACCCGCAGCAGCGACUCGUCGGUAGCUCCUCGGAAGGGCUGGGGCAGGGCGGACCUGGAGGAGAGCGGCGGGCAGGAGGACUCCAAGGUCGCCCUGCUGAGGCAGCAGGCAGCGGCCAAGCUCAAGAGAGCCGCCGCCUGGAGCUGGACGAGGAUGGAGGUACAGGUGCUUUAA